AUGGGCAAUAAUCAUUCUACAGCCGCCAAGUCAGGCUCGUCAGGUUCGCCCGGAGCCCCGCCAAAUGAUUCGGCGAGCUCGACAGGCACAACAUCAACACCCGCCGAGGGCCAUAGUCACCAUCACCAUCACCUGCUGCCUCACCGGAAGGAAGCGAGAAAUCAUACUUCUUCACACGCUGCCCAUAGCUCUGCCGCCCCGCCAGAGCCGUCCCUCGCCCAAGCAACUGGCUCGACUAUCGUCAAUCGGCCAAAGAGCCUGCCUGGCACAGCUGUGUCGUCUCUGAGUGGCUCUCCUCACAGCAACAUAUCAACUCCUUCAAAGCCAACCGAGGCUCGAGCAGUUCGCGACGAACCAACCAAGCCCGUCGAUGUUCCCACAGAGUCAAGCUCGCUACGAUCCCAUAAAGAAGCUCAGAUAUCAGCCGCUCGGGAGGCCGGUUUUGAUCCAUACCUCGUUUCCAAUAAUAGCCUUACGGACAUGUAUCUAAGAGGACCCCCACGAUUACCUCUGCCGAUUGAGGAGGAAGUACACACACCCGGGUCACCCAUCUUAGCCCCUGAGGAGGGGCUUCCAGAUGUCGAACUUGGCGAAUCGUCUGAUGGCCUUACGCGGAAGAGCUCUGCAGUCAGUGCUACAACAGUCGACGAUGACGAGUCUGAAGAGUUGCGGGUCGACAAGACGAGGCCCGUUGUGCCUACGAGGAUUGAGUGGAAACGCGGGGGAGACAAAAUCUAUGUGACUGGCACCAUCUUCCAAUGGAAUCGCAAGCAGCGCCUGCAUCCUGUUGAAGGAAAGCCAGGUCACUUUGCUACCACCGUCUACAUUCUUCCAGGCACACAUCAUUUACGUUUCCUGGCAGAUGGGAUAAUGCAAACUUCCCCAGACUUGCCAACCACUGUCGAUUUCGGAAACAAUUUAGUCAAUUACAUAGAAGUGAACCCUGACGAUGCUGUCGUUAAGCCAAAACACGGUUCUGGUGUAUCAAAGACAGAAACUGGCGCCGAUGGCGCUGCAGUCCAGGCUGAAUCAGAAUCCAAGGAACCCACGAAGCCGAAAGGAAAACCCGUCCUGCCAGCAGAAACAUACGCUAGCCAGAUUCCUCAGUAUUUGCUAGACUUCGACCAACCUGAAGAUUCCUCGGCAUACAGAAACGCAAUUGGCGCCAUUGAGAAGCUGCCGACGCCGCCUAGCUUACCCGGAUUCCUUGGAAAGCCCAUUCUCAACGCUGCUACGCUCAUGAAAGACGACAACUCUGUGCUCAACAUGCCUAACCAUACCGUCCUCAAUCAUCUGGCAACAAGCAGCAUUAAGAAUAAUGUUCUUGCUGUGUCAGCAACGACACGAUAUCACAACAAAUAUGUCACGACAAUAAUGUACAAGCCUACUUCAACAGAUGAAGGUUAA